UGACUCUUCAGCCUCGCGCGGACCCCGGAAGUGCAACUUGAACUUGUUCGGGGCGCGGAUCCCGAGAGCGAAAGUCACUCGGACCGCACGAGGGAGUUCGCCGGGGCGCGCUGGAAGGCCACGCCUCCUCCCGCCUCCCCCCGCAGCCCCGCAGCCGCGGGCAGAGCUCAGACUGUCUUCUGAAGAUUGAUGUCUAUUUCCUUGAGCUCUUUAAUUUUGUGCCCAAUUUGGAUAAGCAUGGCACAAAUCCAGCAGGGAGGUCCAGAUGAAAAAGAAAAGACUACAGCACUGAAAGAUUUAUUGUCUAGGAUAGAUUUGGAUGAACUAAUGAAAAAAGAUGAACCACCUCUUGAUUUUCCUGAUACCCUGGAAGGAUUUGAAUAUGCUUUUAAUGAAAAGGGACAGUUAAGACACAUAAAAACUGGGGAACCAUUUGUUUUUAACUACCGAGAAGACUUGCACAGAUGGAAUCAGAAAAGAUACGAAGCUCUAGGAGAGAUCAUCACAAAGUAUGUAUAUGAGCUUCUGGAAAAGGACUGUAAUUUGAAAAAAAUAUCUAUACCAGUAGAUGCCUCUGAGAGUGAACCAAAGAGUUUUAUCUUUAUGAGUGAGGAUGCUUUGACAAAUCCACAGAAACUGAUGGUUUUAAUUCAUGGUAGUGGUGUUGUCAGGGCAGGUCAGUGGGCUAGAAGGCUUAUUAUAAAUGAAGAUCUGGACAGUGGCACACAGAUACCAUUUAUUAAGAGAGCUAUGGAUGAAGGAUAUGGAGUAAUAGUUUUGAAUCCCAAUGAAAACUAUAUUGAAGUAGAAAAGCCGAAGAUACAUGUACAGUCAUCUUCUGAUAGUUCAGAUGAACCAGCAGAAAAACGGGAAAGAAAAGAUAAAGUCUCUAAAGAAACAAAGAAGCGACGUGAUUUCUAUGAGAAGUAUCGUAACCCUCAAAGAGAAAAAGAAAUGAUGCAGUUGUAUAUCAGAGAAAAUGGUUCUCCUGAAGAACAUGCGAUCUAUGUGUGGGACCAUUUCAUAGCCCAGUCGGCAGCUGAGAAUGUAUUUUUUGUUGCUCACAGCUAUGGAGGACUUGCUUUUGUUGAACUAAUGAUUCAACGAGAAGCAGAUGUAAAAAGCAAGGUAACUGCUGUGGCACUGACAGACUCUGUUCACAAUGUGUGGCAUCAAGAAGCUGGCAAAACCAUUCGAGAGUGGAUGAGAGAGAACUGCUGUAAUUGGGUCUCUAGCUCAGAGCCAUUAGACACUUCGGUGGAGUCCAUGCUGCCUGACUGCCCUCGAGUCUCUGCAGGUAGGUGUUUGAUGAGAUAUUGCUUCUCGUUUUGGCUUUCACCAUUCUCAACCAAUCUUGAUAGUAAACACAAAUUGAGCGAUGAUAUCUGGUUAUGGCUACAGAACAGAAAUGGGCUUGGUUUGACCGUAGAUGCCAAAAAAUAA